GGAUUAUGAGCUUUCAACGUCUAAGGAAAUGCUUGUCUCAGCGGAACGUCAUAUACUGCAUGAGUUUAAUGAUUACAAGGCUUUGUAUUUGUCAUCAUACAUGUUAACGACAGUGAAUUACAGCAUAAUGCACUGUAAGGUCCUGGUGUAAAAAUUGAACAGUGAUAAAUACGUGUGAUAAUCAAACAGAGUGAGUCACAACUUUAUCAAACAUACGAAAAGCAUGAAGAAGUUAGGUAAAACAAUUGGAUUUAUUAGGGAGGGCUCCUUAAAAAGGAAGAAUAAGGAAAAAGGGAAAGAGGAUGGCAAGGAAGUGGAGAGUAUUAAUGGAGCUGUUGUUGGAGAAACUCAAACUGACAGAACUGAUGACGCUAAAGUCAACCAGAAUCAUUAUGAAACUCUUCCGGACAAGAAAGAUGAAUUUGAACGAAAAGCGUCAAGUGAUGAUACAGGUGGAUUUGGGGCUGUAUCAGGGACCGCAAAUAGGGAGUUGCCCAAGCUUACUGUGAAAGGUUAUAGAGAUAUUUAUGACAUAAGUAGUUAUCAAGUUUCCUCGUUAGAAAGAGGUCGAAGGUCGAGGCCGCCAGCCUAUGAUAGAAAGAUGUCGGUGGGAAGUGUUGGAACUGACAGUUCAGGGAUUUCAUCCUGUUUGGAGCAAAGGAAAGAUAGUCGGGCACUGACACCAGAUGUUGGAAGAAUGCGCCACAAACUGUCAUUGCAAGGAAAAGACAUGGAUAUUGCCAGUUAUGACAAUGAUGAACACACAGGUUUUAAACAAUUUAUUGCUAAAGAUAUGAUACUCCGGGACAGUUCAAGGCAGGGUUUGGAAGGUGCGGGGGAUUUAAGUCUGGAGCGAGUGCUAAAGAGCAAACUGAGGACUGGGAAUUAUGGGAGUGGUUCUGAACUGGGCUCAUCAGCUGAGGAGCUCAUACGUGCAAAUAUGGCUCCAACCCAGUCUAUCACCAAUGGCGAUAGGACAGACAACUCUGAUGAGAGCAGCAGUAUAAGGGGAGCUAACACUGUCACACGAGAGAGGUCCAGGUCCCAAGAUCGUGAAAGUCAUGAGCGCCGAGGUGAUCACCAUGGCAACCGGGAACGACCAAGUACGUCACGUGACCAUGACUACGGGGUCAUCCAAUCACAGCCAAGGUCAUCACGAGGAAAACGUUCAGUCCCUCGGCGGCACACUGUGGGCGGGGCAGGAAUGAAACGGGAAUAUGAUGUGGAGACGGAGAGAAGCAAGGAUGCGUUCAUGGAAAUGUUGGCGUCCCGGUAUCCUCAGUAUGCGGAGAAAAUCUCGUCUACCACAAGUGAAGAUGGAUUUCCUGUACGGGGUCGGUCUCGUGACCCUCGACGGCGGGCAACAGUUGGGUACGGGCACCACAAUCGGUCAAUGGAGUAUGAUGGUACAGUGUCAGAGGUGGAUGGUCCGACUUUUCAUCGAGGAGGAUUUGUACGCUCUAGUCUUCCGGCGGCACGCAGCCCAACAGCCGUUGAAAAACCUGCUGGUCUCGUGUUUUUAAUAUUUCGAGACGAGACAAAAAAAGCUUUGUUACCAAAUGAGAUUACCCAUCUGGACACGGUGCGCGCCAUGUUCGUCCGCUCGUUCCCAGGGAAGCUGACCAUGUCUUUCCUUGAGUCACCAAAGAGAAAAAUAUACCUUCUAGAACCACGUACCAACAUCUAUUAUCAACUUGAAGAUCUCAGGGAUAUCCGUGACCGCACUGUCCUACGGGUUCACGAGUGUGAUAGCAUGGAGCCCCAGACCGUUAUAGAGAAGCCCGAGGUUCGGGGUCGCACCAUUCAGCUGCCAGCCACGCCUUCCCAGGGGUAUUAUGGGCCACUGCCGUCCUCUGCUAUUACUAGCCAGAUCCAUAAAACUCAAACCCUGCCUGCUCAAAUGCAUCACCCUGUUUACAUGUCACAUGAUGAUAUAACCCAGUCACCCGCUAGAACGGCUUAUGAGAGGUCAAGGUCACUGACGCCUGAUCCUACCCGCACAACAAACUAUGCCCAAAACCCCAUCUAUGGGCGUAUGGGCAUUUCCCCCGAAAGGCCGCCACCACCCGUAGAUCGUGCGGGGCCUCCAGACAGACCCCUGGGGCUUAGGUCGAUUCCAGAAAACUAUCUUAUGCUGAAUGGUCACAAGAACGGAGGGCCGGGGUUUGAAUAUGUGGACAAUAGGGCCAACUUACGACAGGCGAUGUCGCCACCAGCAGUGUCCCUGGAGCCCAAAAUGGAGCAGCCUGGGCGCAGAGCAUUCUCCCCUCCUGCCAACCUACAUAACUACGAUUUUAUUCAGGUAGUGCCAGUGAGCCAUGGUGGGCCCACAUAUAUGGCAAAAGGGGUUAGGGCUAGUGCCCAUGUGACUCCGCAGCGGGCGACAAGUGCACUGCCCACUUCUGGAACUACUCCCACUUCUAUGGCCGGUUCCCCUUCAACACAGCAAGCAGGGCCACAGCAGACAACAUGGAGAGAGAGGUCCCCAGUUGGUCGACACUCGCUGGCCCUUUCCUCAGUCCCUUAUUCUGGACCAAGCUCCGGUCCCCAGCAGAGAUCACAGAGCUACAGGGUACCAUCCACAUCAGACAGAGAACCAAUGUUGUCACAGCGACCACGCAGUAUUACACCCUCACCCAUGGACAAUUAUGAGACAGAUCUCACUAGGAAUCGUAUAGACAAGAUGGAAAAUCAGCUGGCACAUCUUGCGGCCUGGGUUCAGACAGCAGUUUUACAUGGCAGUACAGGAAAACCGAGUACUCCUAGUCUCUCGUCUGAACACAGCCCCGUUAGCAAGGUGGAAGAGCCUGGAAUGGAACAGCCAGAAUAUAGAGGUAUAACAGACCUGGGGUCAGAAGGCACUGUAGCGCUCUCUGCGGACAUGAAGAUGAACAUCCUGUCUAUCAAGCACCAGGCCGAGUCACUACGAUCCGACCUUCACAGUCUCCGACGCCUCCAGCAGAUCAACAAGGAAUCAAUUAUUGAAACUGUUGACGAUGCUUGGAAGAAAAUCAGGGACGCCAUGAGCUCUGUACCAGGGGCAGAAAAUGUCAUCAUUCGUCAACAACGAAAUGAAGUGGACGUCAUGUACCAAAUCUACCUCGAAGACAAGGCACUGGCUGACCGAGAACUGUGUGAGUUGGAACAGGCGGUUGAGGAGCUACGUUCAGACGUGUUAUCCCGGCAGUGUCGUGUGCAGAUGUCAGAUGUUGAGGGGAUGGCUCUUGUGCUCAGUCACGUUACCAAGCAACUCGGGGACCUCAAAACGCGCUUCCCAAAACUACAAGAGCGACUUAAACAUGUGAUGGCUGCCGAGAUGGAGGUUAUCGUACGGGAAGAGAAGUGGUUGAAGGAUGAGCCAGAAAGAUUGGACAACUCACUGAAGAAAUGCAAGAAACUCACUGGCACAUUAUUCACACUUAAGAGGCUGGCGUCAGUACAGGAACAUCGUCCUCCACAGGUGGUUGCAUUAUCGGCGCAGGCUGUUAUGCCCACAAUGCAAGACAAGCGUGCCGUGUUGGAGAACAUUCAGGCCAUGGUCCCUGACCACCAGGCCAGGCUACAGGGCAUUCAGGCAGCAGAAGCUAAACGUCAGAUAAAGAAAAAGAUCACUACACAACAGGAAUCCCUGAGGUUUGGUAAAUCAUUAGAGCUCGCAUCAAAAGCCCUGAAGCCCCAUGGUGCUGCAUCAUCACAUUCAGGGGCCGAAACUAGGGCGGGCUCUCAAUCGGGUCAUACAGGGUCAUCAUCGCCUUCACCGUAUGACGCUUCUAGCAUAAUAUCAUUUGCUAUGCCAAUGUCAACGUCCACACCAAAGAGCGGCAAUCAACAUCCUACCUCAAAAACAGAAUCGUCGGCUACAUCCCCUUCGAUGACCUACCCGGUUAUGUCCCUUAUCGAAACAGUGACACCAAAAUCUGAUCAUCGGGGUCAAGGUCAAAGAGAUCAAACUUCAGAGCCAGCAAUUCUUACUGUGACGUCUAGCGAAGUGAGCAGUCAAAAGAGACCAACUGAAGGACAAUCAAGUUGUGAGAAAAUUGACAAUGAUGAGCCAAAAUCAGUGGAUUUAAUAAGUCAGAAAACAGCAGCACGAGCAGCAUUCUUCAGCUCGCUGUCUUCCCCACCCACUCCGACCACAUGCACAUCUCCGAUAAGUACAGGCACUACACUGUCAAUAGACUCUCCCACAGAGGGUGUGGCCAAAAUCCCUUCAUCUGGAACCACAUCUGCUCGAGGCAUUCCAACUCUCGUUCGAAGUAUGGCUGUCUCCCAACCUUCUUAUGAAAUUAGUACUUCUGAUGAUCAUUCUGUAUCCAGUUUAGCCCAUGCUACUAAGCCUUCCAGUCUGCCUGUCUCAGGAUCCUCUGUUGUUUCAAGCCAGCGGUUCAGUCCUUCAUCUCCAUCAAACGCUUCUUUGACCCAGACCAGCAACAGUCGACCGCGGACGACAUUUACUGCCAUUCCAAAGCCAUACUCUCCAACAAAAUCGACGCCAAGUCCUCUAACCCCUGAGUCACCAAAAUAUCGAAUUCCACCUAGCCAGCAGAGUCGAGAAAGUUCUGGAAGUCAUCCAGUGUUGGGAAUUAUGAAGAAACAGGCUGUCAUUGGUCCAGAAUCUGGCACCAGGCCGAAAAAGAUACCUCCACCCACACCCCCUAGGAAGAGCAGCAAGCUUCCCGGUCAGGCAGUCAUGGUUGUGAAAGAGGCGACUAUUAAUGGACAGCUUCCUAAGGCAAAGUCCAAGCAGUUUGAACCACAUAUCUCAAAACCAUCAGUUAGUUUCGCAUCAUCAACAAAGAAUGGGAACGAUAUAAUCAAACCUCCGAAACAGUUUUCUAGUGCAGUUGAACUGGAUACAAAAGUAGAAAGAAAGUCAAGUGUAGGGUCAUUAAAGCAAUUUACCACUCCUCUUUUAGAAAGCAAACGAGAUAAGCAAGACUCUAAAGAUAAUACAGUGCAAGGUAAACCUCAAAUUGUAGGAAAGAAAUUUUCCAAUUCUAACUUAGACUCUGGAAAAACAACCAAACAAGUAGAAAAAGAUAUCGAUAUCAGUGCUGAUGAUGGUGGGGAUAUUAGCAAACUUGAAUCUUCUCGAAAAGUAAUUGAUGGCAAAGUGACGAAUUUAAGUGAUGAUAAAACUGAUCAUACUUCAAGAGGUGACAGUGUGGAAAGUUUAAGCAGUUCAGGAAGUUUAGAUUCUCAGAAAGACAUCUGGUUCAGAAGGAAGGAUGAAGUGUCAGAAAAAAGCUCCUCUGUGACCAAGAGCACAGAGGAAGAAUCUGACCAAUCAACUGCCACUAAAUUUGAAAAAGUUGACCCAUCAACAGCUUCUACCUCAAGUUCACAAACUGGUGCAUCAGAUCAGCCUGAAGGUGGGAAAAAGAAAGUUAAACCUCCUCCACCCGAGAGAAGGUCAAGUUUAACAUCAAAAACGUUAACUGACGAAGAAUUUCCAGAUCCCCCUCCUCCAUUGGCUGAAGAGAGGAAAGCCCUUGUGAGACAGUCUAAAGGCAGCAUAGAUAGACUGGUUUAGGGCUUAUUCUAGAAUGUAGAUGUAGUCUAUCACUAUAUUGUGUUCAGUUUAAUGGCAGUAGUUGUUUAUUUGUCUUAAAUAUCAAACUUCAAAAUUAAGCUUUAAGACAUGUGCAAUAGACUUUAUAUUUCUGAAAAACACAGUAGAAUUAAAAUAUGCUGACCUCGAAAUGGGUUCCAUUUUCAAAGAAAGUAAUGUCAUACUUGUAAAACUGCCAUGAUCAUGUAAUCAAGGUUGUCGUGUGAAACAUAUUUAUUUAUAUAUUGUGUGUUUUGUUAUUUAGAAAAAGAGAGAGAGAAAAAUGUUAUUUUGUGACAGUGAGAGAUUUAUAUUGAUGAGUGCUGGGAAAAUUUAAAUUAAAUAAAAUCUUAGAAAACUACGCACCGUACAGCUGUGGUUUUAACUGGUAAAAUCUUACCAAGCAAAUUAUAAAGAAGAUCAAGCUUAAGAAGCUUCAGCAGAUCUUAUAAAACAGAGUUUAUAUCAUCUAUAAUGGAUCAGUUGGUAGCUCUCCUGACUGAUAGCCGCAAAGAUGAUUUUGUUGUAAUUCGAAUCAAAUUAUAACUUUUGUCUUUUGCUUUCACUUAAAAAGAUUGUUUGUAUUAAACUGAAACUGAUAAGCCACAGAGUAUGUGAAGUGUAAACAGAAUGUGUACCCUGGGUGUCAAUGAUGAUCUCGUGAACAAUAAAUAAAUAUUGAAUUAGCAAAUUUUAUAUAAAAAGCAAUCUUAAAAUACCCUUAAUAUUUUAUUUAUACAGUUUGGUUGGUGGGUCGAGAGUAUUUUAUGAAGUAUAAUACAUAGAAGCUGAGAUUUAUGCUGAUGUAUUUUGUAUCCACUGGUUAAUGGAAGAUCAAAAGAGCUUUGAAUUUAAAUGUUUGGAUUUUUUAUAUACAAGAUCUACUAAGCACUGCCAUUUGUAGUGAUGUUUAUGCCUGGUUGUUAUGUGUGGUGAUUUCAUUCAUAUUUUUGCUGAUGAGCCAAAGGUUUCAAUCAUCUUGAUGCUAUCCACAUUACUGCUGACCAUGUUACAGGACAUACAUGUUAUUGUAUCCUAUAUCAUUACGAUAUAAACUAGGGAAAUUGUUCUUAAUGCAAAUUGCAUGAAUCAGUUGUAUGUUUUCACAUUUAGAUUAGAAGUUUCAAAUCAAAGUUCUAUGUAUUUGCAUUCUACCAUUGUACCAAAACAUUACAUUAGCUUGCAUUUAUUACAGUAUCAUUUAGGUCACUUUUCAAAUUGCUUCAGUACAUGUAACAUCAUUAUACGGUAAUUAUGCAGCAAACUUUGUUAUGUCUUAAAAUGUACCAUUUACAUGAUCAUCUUUAAUUCUAUUAAUGUGUUAAACUUUGAUGAAUUUGUUUUGGAAGUAGCAAAAAGGCUCAAAAUAACAGUAAAUUUGUGAUGUUGAUAUUGAAUUUAGCAAGAACAUUAUCUAUAUUGUUUAUACUUUAGAAUACUUCAAAGUGUUUAUGGUACGGUAAGAAAAGAUGUUCAAAUGCAUUAGACGAAACAAGAAUUGCAAAUGAACAUUUAAGCUACAUUAACUUUAUGGAAGUUUAAAGUUUUUCUAGUGCAUGGUUGCUUGCAUAUUUCAUCAUUUUGUGAAUGCAGUGAAAUUUAUUUGAACUAGAUUGCAUAGUUAUGACAAAUGAAAUGCUUCUACGUAAUAAAACUUUUUUUGUUUUAUUACAUUGGAGAAAGAUAUCUAAGAUUUUAAGAAAAACAGAAUACAAUGUACCCUCAUUAGCAAAUAUCUUAGAAAAACAUAAUACAAUGUUUGCUCAUGAGUAGCAGAAUACAAUGUACACUCAUUAGCAAAUAUCUUAGAAAAAUAUAAUACAAUGUUUGCUCAUGAGCAGCAGAAUACAAUGUACUCUCAUAAGUAUAUAUCUGAAAAAUAAAGAAUACUAUGUACGCUCACGAGUAGAUAUCUUGGGAAUAUAGAAUAAAAUGUAAUCUCAUGAGUAGAUAUCUUGGGAAUAUAGAAUAAAAUGUAACCUCAUGAGUAGAUAUCUUGGGAAUACAGAAUACUAUGUAACCUCAUGAGUAGAAAUCUUGGGAAUAUAGAAUACAAUGAAACCUCAUGAGUAGAAAUCUUGGGAAUACAGAAUACUAUGUAACCUCAUGAGUAGAUAUCUUGGGAAUACAGAAUACAAUGAAACCUCAUGAGUAGAUAUCUUGGGAAUACAGAAUACAAUGUAACCUCAUGAGUAGAUAUCUUGGGAAUACAGAAUACAAUAUACCCUCAUGAUUAAUGACACCUUUCUAUAGAUAAUGUUCAUUCUUACUUGUACUGUUUUUGUUUUGUUUCGUUGUCUAUACAUAAACACCCAUAUCGGAACAGUAACAAUUAGGCAGUUAAGCUGAUAAAUUACUGCAUACUACUUAUUGAACAGUGUCAAGCAUUCCUGUAUAAUUUCAGAUUGAGUUGUCAGAUCAUAUACUGUGCUAAUAAAACUUUCUUAAUUAUAGAAAUUAUACUAUUGUUGAGGAAAGUUAGGAAAUAAACUGUUAUGAAUAAAAGUUGCAUCGAUAUUUGUUUCAAGUCAUUGUGAGAUUGUAGAAAAAGACUUGUAUAAAUGUUAUUUUGUUUUUCUUUGCAUGAAAAAUUAAAUGAUACAAAAGUUU